CAGUUUUUGGGGGGCUCUUAUGGAGCUCGCUGAUUGGCUGCUCCGUGCAAGUACUUCUGCUGCAGCUCAGCGGCGGAACAGACCGGGCAGAGACAUGGAGCCGGCCAGCCUGCAGGAGGAGCUCCUCUGCGCCGUGUGCCGCGACGUCUUCGUGGAGCCGGUGACCCUGCCCUGCGGGCACAACUACUGCGAGGCCUGCGUGCAGCAGCUGAGGCGCUCCGCCGCCGUGCCCCCGGACAGCGCCAAGCGGAGGAGGGCGUACUACCCCUGCCCCCUGUGCCUCGCCCCCUGCGAGGCCACGAUCGAGCUGAGGAAAAACGUGGCCCUGCGCAACAUCGUGCAGAAGUGCUCUGUGGCCCGGCCGGGCGACGUCCCCUGCAGCGUGUGCAAGGGCCGGCAGCGGCCGCCGGCCGAGAGGAGCUGCGUCACCUGCGGGGAGUCCUACUGCGCCCUGCACGUCAUGCCCCACUCGGAAAACGAGUUUUUCCGCCAGCAUGUGCUGGUGAGGCCCACCCGGGACACCGGCCGGCUGUGCGAGGAGCACGGCAAGGACCUGGAGCUGUUCUGCGCGACGGACGGGACCCCGCUGUGCGCCUACUGCAUGCUGCCCGGGGAGUCUCGGCACCUGGGCGGGCACGACGUGGUGAAGCUCUCGGAGGCGGCGCACGUUGUGAAAGAGGGAUGUCUAGCCAAACUAGAAAAUGUCGAAGAAAGCCUGUCUGAAAUUGGAGCCUGUCUGUUAAAACUGGAAGAAGUCGCAUCUCUCACAGAGGAGAAUAUUAAAAAGCAGCAGCAGGGAUACACCGGCUUCCUGAGCAAGAUCAAGCUGCUGCUCGACAUCGAGGAAGAGGCCUGGCGGAAGAGGUUUUCUGUGGAAAUGGUGCAGGAAAGCAGGAGGAUAAAAUACCGAGUGGAGAAGCUGAAGGUGUUCCAGGGACAACUGCAGGAGGCUGGAGCUGCUUUAGAAAAAGCCUUGGUUGUUCAAGACCCUGUGACACUCCUGAAGCUUUUGAAAAAUGCUGAUUGGAAUGACCUCUAUCAGAGGGAAUUUUGUUCCUCAAAAAUCCAGGAGACAAUGGAGUCUGUUGGCAUUCCCUCCACAGCAUCAAAAAGACAGACACCUCUGUUCAUGGCUCUACAGAAAGCAUUUGCAGCUGAAGAAAUAAAGCUUGACCCGAGGACGGCGCACCCGCACUUGAAGAUCAGCAAGGACUACACUGCCGUCUGCGCCACCCGCGAAAAGCACACAGAGGGGCUCAACACGGAGCGCUUCAGGGGCUCCUACUGCGUGCUCGGCACGGCGGCGUUCAGCCGGGGCGUGCACUACUGGGAGGUCACCGUGAGGGACCUGCCCUCCUGGGCCCUGGGCAUCACCUACAGGAGCAUCACGAGGGACCCGCCAGGCUGCUGGCCGGGGAGCGACGACAAGUCCUGGGCUCUGUCUUACAGCGGGAGCCGGCGGCAGUUCUGCGCCCAGCACGACUGGCUGGCCUUCUCCUUCGGCGCCAGCAGGGCCCCGGAGAGGAUCGGCCUGUUCCUGGACUGCGACAGCGGGAUCCUGGCCUUCUAUGACGCACACGCGCUCGAGUGCCUGUACCCAUUUUACUGCAGUCUGAAAUUGCCUGUGUAUCCUGUCUUCUGCCCCCAGCUGGAAGGAGCAGCAGAGUUUGUUACUGCAGAGAUGAGGGUGGAAAGACCAGCCUUUCUGUAGAGCAUCUGUGAGAAGAUCCACUCUUCUCCAGUAUAAUUUAGGGAAGGCGAUAUAUGUGUUCACUCAUAGAAAUUAGCACGAUUGUUAUAUGGUUGUUAUAUUUGUUAUUCAUUACAGUUGAAAAUCCUGGUUUCUCAUCUGUUGAAAUGAGGGUGGAAAGACCUGUUCUCUGUUAUUAUUUGGACAAUAUGCUGGUGCUGGUCAGGAUGUGUUAAGGAUCACUUUUUUUUUGUUGAUUUAGAAAAGUACAAUCUUCUUCAAGUGAGGUGAAUAUGACUGGUUUAUUUUAUGGAUAGUAUUUUUAGAAUUGCAUGCAUUGCACUGUUUUUGCACUUGUUUACCCUGUUGGUUUGUGUGUUAAAUAGAUGUUUUUUCUCUCUAAGUGCACUAAGCUUGUUAAGAAAAUUAAACCAGUGUUGCAUGGACAGUGAGCAUAGGCAUUGUGGACACAGGCAGAGGCAACAUCUACACAUUUAUUACAUACAAACUGAACAUUGAUGAUAAGAUCUCAGCCCAUAUGUGUUAUCGGUUUCACAUGUCAGGCAUUUUAGCUACUGGAAAGCUAAAGAACAAAUUCUCAGGAGUUCAAAUGUUAUUCAGAUCUAGGCAUUAAAUGAUUAUAGUAAUGGAUUCUUAUUAAAAUUGCUGUUUGACCAAGAUGCCACCAACCCCUCACUAAACUCCACCAUCUGAAAGAGAAAAUGUGGUGCAUCACUUGGGCAUUUGUAAGAUACUAUGAUGAUCUGAAUUGCCUUGCUUGAUAAAACCAGACUAAAUGCUGUAAGUACCUUGAGUGACGUACUUUACCCCAGUUCCUCCAGGAACUAGCAGUGCAGAGGGCUUUUCCCUGUGAUGAUCAAUGUCCUUAGUCACAAGCUCUCUAGUUCACUUAAUGCUACAAGACACAGUGAUGACCUCUGGUCAGAUCCUGUGGUGUGGACUUUGCCUUAACAUGACUGUGGGAUAAUGAGCACAGAUAAUGAAAACUGAUAGAAAUGUUUGAAAAUGUGAAAUAAUUGCCUUGUACUUUAGAACUUUGGAAGUAUAUUUAUUGUUUUACACGUUUACAGGACAACAACGUGCAGAGAUUUUUGUUUGGAUAAAAAGCUAUGGUACAAAUUGCUCCCAUCUCCUCUGGCCUGAGUUAUGGAGUGCCAUGUGCUUUUGAGCUCACCAAAGCCUCUCAGCUCACUUUGUUGGCCAUCUUUUACUUGGGUUUCUGCCAUAGUGUUAAAAUGUUAUAUACAGUUGUUCUCCACUCUGGUUUGGCAAUGUUUUCUGCCUCUUUCUGAAGUUGAAUUUUUCAGAUGCAAUAAAAUGUUUCACAAGCAUUUCCUUUGAAUUUUAUCUGAAAAAUUCCCCUAGGCUCAUGGUGAAAAACAUUGGCUGAAUAAAUGUUAUUUCUUCUUGUUUUUCA